GUUCUUAGAGCGUGAAGAACUCGGAACUCUCCGUUUAUUGGACGGCAGCCUUGCUUUACGGCUCAGGUCCGCUUUUUCCGGCAUUUUCCGGCUCUCCAUUCACUUCGCAGUGAAGAUGGCGUCGGGCAGCGGGACAAAAAACUUGGACUUCCGUCGAAAGUGGGACAAAGAUGAAUAUGAGAAGCUCGCUGAGAAGAGGCUCACGGAAGAGAGAGAAAAGAAGGAUGGAAAACCAGUGCAGCCGGUCAAGCGGGAGCUUCUCCGGCAUAGGGACUACAAGGUGGACCUGGAAUCCAAGCUUGGAAAGACAAUUGUCAUUACCAAGACUACCCCACAAUCUGAGAUGGGAGGGUAUUACUGCAAUGUCUGCGAUUGUGUGGUGAAGGACUCCAUCAACUUCCUGGAUCACAUUAACGGAAAGAAACAUCAGCGAAACCUGGGGAUGUCUAUGCGUGUGGAGCGCUCCACCUUGGAUCAGGUGAAGAAACGUUUUGAAGUCAACAAGAAGAAGAUGGAAGAGAAGCAAAAAGAUUAUGAUUUUGAGGAAAGGAUGAAGGAGCUCAGAGAAGAGGAGGAAAAGGCCAAAGCCUACAAGAAAGAGAAACAGAAGGAGAAGAAAAGGAGGGCCGAGGAGGACUUGACAUUUGAGGAAGAGGAUGAGAUGGCCGCUGUGAUGGGCUUCUCUGGCUUUGGUUCCGCCAAGAAGAGUUACUGAGGCUCUCUGUGCUUGUCUCUUUGCUGGGCUUAACCCUGUGUGUGGGGGUGUCAUUUUUCGGGGGUACUUGGGAAAGUCCUUAACAGUGGCAGUGGGGAGGGCUAGAGGGUGGGUGUUCAUGGUUACCCUCUGCCUUGGGAGAGAGCACAGGAGGCAGAGGUGAUGCUGUGGCAUAUUCCUUCAGCCUCAGUGUAUCACUGGAGUCACAGCGCUUGUGCCCAUUUGAGUUCCCAAUAAAGAAAAACCUCCUUUUCUGAGGCUGCUUCCUCAAAACUUCCCCUGCAUUUUCCCCUCUUCAUCUGUCCAAUAUUUUCUCUGAGCAUCCUACAUUUAUCCUGUGUUCUGCAUUUGUUUUAAUUUAACUCUUGCUUAGCCUGCAGUGGAAAGGUUCUCUGGGCUGCCAGUUUCCAGUCGGUGGCAUAUCCUUCGCCAGCCCUACUUUCCCCUACACCCUCCCUGGGAUUCUCCGGCCACCUGUGCAUGCAUGUAUACUGCCUGGGUCAGUGAUACGCGUGGAUGUGUGUGCAUGAAUCUGUCACAUCGAGGGAGCCUGAGUUAGAGCCUCAGAGCACGACUGCCUUGGUGCCUGAUGUUCUUGGCUUCCUCAGUGCAUGUAACAGGACAUUAAAUGGAUGAGUGUUUGGUGUGUUUUUUGGUCUGGUGAGUUUUUUAACCUUUGUUUUUUGAUAUGUAGAAGGUUCAGCUUUUCCUGUUUGUUUCAUUUUAUUGAGGAUUACUCUGUUUUUGUCUUCCUUGUAAGCAGGCUCUUGGAAGAACCUGUUUGAUGCAAAAAAGAAAAGAAGAAAAAAAAACCUCAUAUGGGAGCCCUUGGGUCUCAGAGGCUGUUCAACAUGUAUAAUAAAUGGCAUUGACUGGGCCUAUUUCACAUUUGGGAACAUUC